AAAACCGGCGGUGUUUUUAUACUGCAGAGAACUGGCGCGCAAUACCGGUGGAUCUCUCAUGCACCUAUAGCCACUCGCGAUCUGUAGGAGAAUGUGUAACCGCGUUGUCGUUACUAUAAACAUUUACAAACAACAGUAGAAUGGAGCCAUAAUAGUUCAGCAUUUUAAACACAAAUCACGUUCAGCACCCCCCCCAACAAACAUUUAGUCUCUGAAGGGAAGUGUGCUGAAAGGUGAGUGGAGUUACUCUGUCGCGCUGGGGGGGGGGGGGGUGUGUGUGUGUGUGGUGAAUCUGCAGCCUGAACAACUCCCUCCCAGCUUGAGAAGUUUCGCGGUGACUAUAAAAGUCCCAGGUGAAUGUAUUCACUGAGAACCUUUUUGAGGAAUAAAGGAAAAAAAGAAGAAUUACGACCAUUUUCUGGGCGGUUACCACUCCACCCCCCUCGUCAACCGAGGCUGAUCCCCAGCAGUCUGAAUCCCUCCCCGGACAGAGAGAGGAGGCUCUCCUGCCAUCAAGGAGACGUGGCACCGCGUCCCGCCACUGCACCGACACCCUGGUCCAGGAAUUCUGCAGAUGCUGGAAAUUCAAGCAACAUACAUCAAAGUUGCUGGUGAACGCAGCAGGCCAAGCAGCAUCUAUAGGAAGAGGCGCAAUCGACGUUUCAGGCCGAGACCCUUCGUCAGGACUAACUGAAGGAAGAGGUGAAUAACAUCAAACAAGAACAAGCAACGAUUGAUGGCUAUUGAAGGUCCUUGGCUUUAAAUGGGCAGAAGCUAUGGCUGAUACAAUAUUUGGAAGUGGAACAGAUCAGUGGGUGUGUCCCAAUGACAGACAACUUGCCCUUCGAGCGAAGCUCAAAACCGGUUGGUCAGUGCACACGAAUGAAACAGCCAAACAGCGACAGGAUCAGAUGCUUGCUGAACAUGAAAUCGCAGUGAUCCUGGAAGUCAUCAAGAGAGCAGAGAAGUUGGAUCUGAUUGAGCAACGUCGCAUUGGUCGUCUCGUUGAGCGUUUAGAAAAUAUGAAGAAGAACGUGAUGGGAAAUGGCCAUUCUCAGUGCUUGUUGUGUGGAGAGUUACUUGGAUUUCUGGGAUCAACAUCCGUCUUCUGCCAGGACUGUAGGAGGAAAGUCUGUAUAAAGUGUGGAAUUGAAACAUUUGGGAGUCAACGAAAACCUGUCUGGCUUUGCAAAAUAUGCAGUGAGGGAAGAGAGAUUUGGAAGAGAUCUGGUGCUUGGUUUUACAAGGGACUGCCAAAAUAUAUUCUACCAUCAAAAAACUCUGUCAGAAACACUGAGCUGCACUUACGACCUCUUCAGUUGGAGACCUUGCAGCAUGGAGGAAGUGUUAUUGUCAACCGCUCCUAUAGCUGGGCAAGAGGAAGAGUUGUCUCCAGUGAUAGUGAAAGUGAAUCUGAGUGCAGUUCGUCGAGUCAAGAUGAGAAAGUUCCAGCUGGCAGCUUAACAAAUUACAAAGGAAGAAAGAAGAAUGGAUCAGGUAGCCACCAUCUGGCAAAAUCUUCAUCUGGGAGUCCAUCCAACCUUGGUACUGAACAUGGAAGAAGUUCACCUGCCACGGAGAACCUUGGUGAUAACGCUAAGAAUAAUUCUGGCAAGAAUUCACGAGGUUGGCAUUGAGUGGGUACAGGUUCCAGGCAUCCUCCCAAACUCUAUCAUCCAAGGAUUGCCCAUUUCUCCUUCCCAAGACGUCCGGGUUGGAGCUGUGGAUUCUGAUGCCAUUCGAAUAAAAGAAAUAUCUAACUUGAUACAAGUCCUAGAGUCAUUUUUUUUUUUAA